CUCUACAUCAAUAGAAUUUUUUGAGGAAUGAACUCCCCACCCCAAGAAUCCCAAAUGCUUAAGGUUCAAGAUCUGCUUUGCACUGAAACCCAGAGAUGAGACAAACACAAUGAAAUGCAGAGAAAAGAGCACAACUUUUUAAAGUUACUGCAGAGAGGUUGUCACCCAGAUAUGGUCCAGAUCAGUCUUCCAUUUGAUCAGCGAGCCUACAAAUCCACCCCAUUAUCAGAUUGCCUAGGAAAGGCAUGAGAGUGUCCAGAACUUCCAAUAAGGUCUUUCAACCAAUGGAUUGUGUCAUCAAAGUAUUUAUCCCUCACUGGACAAAACCAAUUCCAGGCCUCACUCUCCAAAUCCCUGAAGGGGACCAUCUGCGAAGCCUAUGCCUGAUGGACAUUGAACACCCACUGCUAGAUUCAUGACCAAUACCAGCCAUCUCCUAAAAAUGUGACAAAGUAGUACACAUGUACCUCCAACAAUAGCAAACUUAUAGGGAAGGAGGAAGGGAUGCAGCCUGAACAGAACUGUUGAACCCCAGCAGCAACACUACUUAUCUACACAUCCACCCCAAUCUGAUAACUGCAAUAUCUGAGACAUCCCAGUGACGUCGGGAAGCUGGACAGCCAGUGAGGGGCAUCUAACCACUUUGAGCUCAUUGACUGACAACAGAACCCAAUAACAAAUGUUUCUGGAUCAAAGGGGACUAGAGGAAGAAGAACCUCUUGCAGAUGUGGCAAGGUGACAGUCUAUAGCUUCACUCCUAACCCGACCCACCUUCUGAUACCCACUAGAAGGAGAAAACAGAACAAGAAAACAGAAGAAUCGCCCAGCAUGAAUGCAAGAAUAACACCUAGAGAUAUGGCUGGAAUGAGAACUUUCAAAAUGCAACAUAUAUUUACUAUGCUAUCCUUUGGAAUGCUUCUUGUGCCUGUCACUGGAACUUCAAAACAAAAUGUCCCAAGACUUAAGCUCUCCUACAAAGAUUUGUUGCUUUCCAACAGCUGUGUCCCAUUCCUGGGCUCAGCAGAGGGGAUGGAUUUUCGGACCCUGCUGCUCGAUGAAGAAAGGGGUCGGCUGCUAUUCGGUGCUAAAGACCACAUUUUUCUGCUCAGCUUGGUUGACUUAAACAAAAAUGUAAAAAAGAUAUUUUGGCCAGCAGCAAAGGAGAAGGUGGAUCUGUGUAAACUAGCUGGAAAAGAUACCCAUACAGAAUGUGCCAACUUCAUCCGAGUCCUCCAGCCUUACAACAGGACUCAUGUUUAUGUCUGCGGUACGGGAGCUUUCCACCCAGUCUGUGGCUACAUAGAGCUUGGAACACACAAAGAGGACGUAGUGUUCAGAUUUGAUGCUCAGAACCUGGAGUCUGGUAGACUGAAAUGCCCUUUUGAUCCCCAGCAGCCUUUUGCAUCUGUCAUGGCAGAUGAAUACCUAUAUUCUGGAACUGCCUCUGAUUUCCUUGGCAAGGAUACAGCUUUAACACGUUCCCUAGGUUCAUCUCAAGACCACCAUUACAUCAGGACUGAUAUUUCUGAACAUUAUUGGCUCAGUGGAGCAAAGUUUAUUGGAAUCUUCCCAAUUCCGGAUACAUACAACCCGGAUGAUGACAAAAUCUAUUUCUUUUUCCGAGAAGUUUCUCAAGAUAGCAGCACCUCUGACAAAACCAUUCUUUCCCGUGUCGGCCGAGUCUGUAAGAAUGACAUGGGAGGUCAACGUAGCCUGAUAAACAAGUGGACCACAUUCCUGAAAGCAAGACUAGUUUGCUCAAUUCCUGGCCCAGAGGGAGCAGAUACACAUUUUGAUGAACUGCAGGAUAUAUUUCUACUUCCCACACGAGAUGAAAGAAAUCCUAUGGUGUAUGGCGUCUUCACCACUACAAGCUCUGUGUUCAAGGGCUCGGCAAUUUGUGUGUACAGCAUGGUUGACAUUCGAGCAGUUUUCAAUGGACAUUAUGCCCAUAAGGAGAGUGCCGACCAUCGCUGGGUCCAAUAUGAUGGACGAAUACCAUACCCUAGGCCUGGUACGUGUCCCAGCAAAACAUACGACCCCUUAAUCAAGUCCACCAGAGAUUUUCCUGAUGAUGUCAUUAGCUUCAUAAAACGUCAUCCAGUGAUGCACAAAUCAGUCUAUCCAGUAACUGGAGCCCCCGUAUUUACUCAAAUCAACGUGGACUACAGACUGACUCAAAUUGUGGUGGAUCGUGUUAUGGCUGAAGAUGGGCAGUAUGAUGUCAUGUUCCUUGGGACAGAUGUUGGAACAGUACUAAAAGUUUUGAGCAUAACGAAAGAGAAGUGGGACAUGGAGGAAGUGGUACUGGAGGAGUUACAGAUAUUUAAGCACCCAUCACCUAUCUUGACUAUGGAGAUGUCCCCAAAGCAGCAACAAUUAUACAUUGGUUCCAGAGAUGGAUUGGCUCAGCUCUCACUACACAGAUGUCAUACGUAUGGGAAGGCUUGUGCAGACUGUUGUCUUGCCAGAGACCCAUACUGUGCUUGGGAUGGAAAUUCAUGUUCCAGAUAUACACCAACAUCUAAAAGACGUGCAAGAAGACAAGAUGUCAAAUAUGGAGACCCAGUCACCCAAUGCUGGGAUGUGGAGGAAAGCAUUAGUCAUGAAACAACGGAUGAAAAGGUGAUUUUUGGCAUUGAGUUUAAUUCAACGUUUCUGGAAUGUAUUCCGAAGUCUCAACAAGCCUCCAUUAGGUGGUUUCUUCAGCGCUCUGGAGAAGAACACAGAGAAGAGGUGAAGCCUGAUGAAAGAAUCAUCAAGACAGAAUACGGACUGUUAAUUCGCAGCUUGCAAAGAAAGGACACAGGAGCAUAUUAUUGUAAAGCCCAAGAACACACAUUUGUCCAAACCAUUAUGAAAUUAAAUCUCAAUGUCAUUGAGAAUGGACAGAUGGAAAACUCUCAGAAAACAGAUGAUGAAGAAGGACGGGCACGGGAUCUGCAAGCUGAGUCACAACUGAGGUACAAAGAUUACAUCCAGCUUCUCAGCAGUCCCAGCUUCAGUCUGGAUGAAUACUGUGAGCAGAUGUGGCACCGGGAAAAGAAACGGCAGCGUAACAAAGGUGGACCAAAAUGGAAACACGUCCAAGAAAUAAAGAAGAAACGAAACAGGAGGCACCACCAACCUGCAAGCCCACACACUAGGGCUGAGUCUACAUAGUUUGCAUAUUUUAUUUAAAAAGAGGACUUGUUUGAAAGUGAAAGAAUACUUUUGUUCCAUUUUCUGGACCCUUCUUUUAGAUGUUGCUUCUCAAAGAGACCCACUAAUGCACAGUCCUUAAUAUAUAUGAGACUCCCAUGAAAGAGUACACUAUCACUUGGAAGUUUUCUAAGAACUUUAUGCUGUUCAGUAGCUUUCAGAUUUGACCUGAAAUCACUCUGUUCACAUCUGUUCACAUCUCAGAAGAGUUAGUUUAUGUAAAGAUAUUUUGAAAGAUAUUUUCCCCUGUUGUAAAACAUAGGCCAUGCAUGAACUCAAUAGCUAGUUAAAAACAUCUGCAUUUGAAAGUAGGCUGGAUGUAGUAACAAAAUGUAUGAGGGUCCAUUAAAAUGAAAGCUAAAACAAUAGACCAAAAGAUAGGCUGUAAAAUGCUGAUGCUUGGUAAAAUCAUGAGACCAUCAGAAAUUCUUUCUUUCUGUAGUUAUUUUCACACGGUAGUUCAGUACAUGCAGCUGCAUAAUAGGUGUAUUUCCUGGACAGCAAGGAUAAAGUCAGUCAUUCUCUAAAUCGGACAGUGGCACUCAUUUAUUCAUAAAAAGUAAAUGUAACCUUGACUUUAUAGGAAGAAAGGUAGAGUUUUGUUCAUUAGACUGUAAGUAGCAAUGUUUGAUGACAUGUUGAUUCAAAUGUGAUCUGCCAGAAAAACUACAUUUCUAAGAGGCAAGUGGAAGGUAGACGUGAAAAUCCUAUUAGUAAGUAAAGGGAUUUAUGCCAGAUCCUCUUGUGUCUAUCUCUGAAAAUCUCCCUCCUCAUCCAUGCCUCAUCUCACCUUCUUUCUACUUUUAAUCCAUUGCUGCUUUGCAUUUGCUUCUUUCACACAAAAAGAAACACAAAUUAAAGUCACCAAAGGGGAGCAAUAGGGGAAACAGACUUUUACUCAGCUGUGUAUUCUUUGUGCAAAGGUCUUGUGUAUUUUAGAGACAGUGGUGCAUUGUUAGAAUUAAUGUUUUAUAUUUUUUACAAAAAUAAAAUGAAAACAAAGUCCAUGUGUAAAUAAUGUGCAAGUUGGAGAUGGGCUGCUUUGCUUUUUUAAAAAAAUUGUUUUAAUUUUAACUUGUCUGUAGAUGUACAUAUCUUUUCGAAAGUAAGUAAUGUUCAGUCCAGUAGCUUUUUCCUCCCAGGCAAAGGGAUAUGAGCACACAGUCAUCCUGACUAAGUGGAAAGCUGGGUCAGAUGCCAGACGUGAUUUACACCAGCUUAACCUUUGAGUAUUGUUUGUCAGCUUCAGUGAACCUGGUUUAUAGUGCUAGAUAUAAGAUCAAACAAGCCUAGCAUCUCAUCUUAUUUUUCAAGCUGUCCCGACCCUACCUUGCCUUCUUACUAACAAUCCUCCCAUCCUUUGGUUUUCCUUUCCCACCUUAUCUUCCCCCUGCCCCCAACAUACAUACACCGUUUGCUUUUCAUGCCUUUUUGAGUGUGAAAUGACAAAUUAGCCAUUUCCUCACAUGGAAGGAAGCUUUGAUGGGUACCAAAACAACAGCCUUUUCUUAUUUCUCAUGCAUUCUACUCAUCUUGGGAGCAAAGUCUGUGGGAAACCCAUGUAAUUGGUGUGCUGCUUAUUAAAGUGAAAAACCAGCAUUGACUCUCA